AUGUUUUGCUCACCGGCAAAUUCCCCCUCAAAAUCGGAUUCUGCGUUCGAUAAACGAGAAGUGGUCUCACGUUAUCUUCGUGCAUCCAUUGGCUCUUGUCACGAUUUCUGUAAAUUCGGAAAAAUACAUUCAGCCGAAGAAAAGGGAAGAAAGCCCUUCAGAAAAAGGAUCUCAAAAUCUUUACGGGACGAGCCUUUUGUGCAGAUAAUUGUUCCGUGCGAGAAAAAGAAAGAAAAAAUUGUCAAGCACAAACCAGAAACUGAUACCAAAAAAAGCAACUCAUCUGAUUUAAACCCAACUCAAAGCACCAUAUCCUAUUCCUUGAAGCCCAACACAUCAUCCUCGGGUAAGAAGGUUUUAAAAAACGAGCCUUUGCUGGAUACUAAAAUCCUCCUCUCUCAUGAUAAAAAGCAGCCCUCCUUCACAAAAACCAAAAAUUCAUCAGGUGCCAAAACCGGUUCUUCCCCAAAUGAAAAUGGUUCGUCAAAGAGUAAACCCAUUUUCAAAAAGACCAAAUCUUUAUUUACCAAGAAAGGUCCCUCGCUCGAUCCUCCAGAAUUCGUCAAGAGUGUGUGUUUUCCUUCUGCAAACGAUGAUGAACCAGUGAAGAGCUUCUCCUUGGCUGGUAACAAAACAUUAUCCACUGAGAAGAAAUCGAAUCGCCUGUCCAAGCCAAGUUCUUCUCCUGUGAAGUUGAAACCAGUUAAGGUUAAACCGGCAUUAUCUUCUACUGAAAAUUUGGAUCUUGUACGGGAAAAGGGGAUAAAGCACACACGAACUAUGAUAUCUUUCAAAAGAGAAUCUGGAAAGAAAGCAUUGGUACCUUCUGCAGCCACUUUCUCUCCUAAAUUUCCGGUCAUCAAGAGGCCUUACGAUAAUUCGAGAAAAGCUGGAAAUGCAAAAUCGGUGUCUCGUUCAAGGGACAUAAAUAAAGUGAUGAGAAGAGUUGAUAAUAAUGAGAAGGACUCUGAGAAAAUAUUGCACGUGAUCGACACAAAAAAUGUGAAUACUGCAAACGAGUCCACACCAAAUGACGAGCCCGUUUUGUCACUUUCUCCUCCACCAAAUUUUUCAUUUUUGUCCUGUCCCGAGGAAGAGCAUGAGGAGAAGAGGGAGUUCGCUAAUGGUGAAGAAGCAAAUGAAUUUAUCUCCGAGGAAAACGAGUCGCUUGAGAUUGUGAAGAAAAAUCAUAGUAAGACUCUUAAAAAGUCAAAGUCUUCUGUAUCUGAAGAUUACAACAAAACUCGGUCUCCAGUGAAGCUGAAAUUCAGAAAUGGGAAAUUUUUGGAUGCUCAGUUGAAUAAUAGUGCUAAUGUCCCGAGUAAACUCAGAUUUAGGAACGCGAGAGUCGUUCGGGAUGAUGAUGAAGGCAAAAGUAGUGAUUUGAGGAGAAAAUUAUUCAAGAAGAGUGAUUUUAUUAGUGAUUGGAAUAAGAGCCGUGAGGAGGUUUCAUCUGAAAAGGUUGUCUUAAAGCACCAAGAUGUUCAGGGCAAGAAAGGUCACCAAGGUUUGUUUAAUAAUGUUAUAGAACAAACUGCAAGUAAGCUUGUGGAGAGUAGGAAAAGUAAGGUUAAAGCCCUUGUGGGAGCUUUCGAAACCGUGAUCUCCCUCCAAGAGAGUAAACCUUCUCCUCAGGCUGUGAAUUGA